AUGGCUGAUUGUAUAUAUGACCGAUUAGUUGCCAUAUACAGCCGCACACAUCAGGGUGACCUGAUCCAAUGUUUUGGCGGCGACGUACAUUCGGUGCAUUCAAUCUGGUUUCUUAUCGAACAACAGCUCAACCCGCAAGAGUUCAAUUCAUACCAUUCUCUGUCAAACACUGCCACUGAUGGGCUCUCUUCCCCUUCCCAACUUGUCAACAUUCACGAGCUUCGCCUGCCUCAUCCGUCCACCAUCGUGGGGAUUGCACUACGUCCGGGUAGCACUGGACUUUCUAUUUCGUAUUUUGAGGAGUUCUUUUGCUAUCUGUUGCUACAGCAGAUUGCGCGACUUUCCAUUGUCCUGAUGGGCAACCAAGCCAUUGCGGAUGUCUCAAUUGCACAACAGGUGGUUGAUCUUUGCAAUGAUGAGCUGUUGAUUCAUCCCUCGAACUCUCAAUGGGAGGCCGUGGGUCGGGACUAUUUCUUGCAAAAAAUAUGCUUCUUCACUUCACGAGAAUUGACUAUUGAAAUGUGCUUACCUGCAUUUCCAUGCAAAUCCUCAAACCCAGAUAAGGUUGCCGGGGCACUUCCAGACCGUGGUGAAGAGCUAGCUCUUCGGCGACUCUAUUCGGUUUCACGAAAAAUAAAGUCAAUCUACGAGCCCGGUGUGAGAAUUUGCAUUAUAAGCGAUGGACACGUGUUUAGUGACUGCAUCGGAGUGGACGACGACAAAGUGGACGAAUAUGGCCUUCGACUACAUGAGCUCAAUGAAUCCAUAGCCCUCCAGGAAGGGCAGCCUGGUGUAGUCUCAUUUCAGUCUCUGAGAGACAUCUUUCAUUCAACUCCAAAAAGUGUUCUCGGAGAGACAGGAGCGUGUCAAAUAGAGCUACCCAUUCUUGAACACUUUCUUGGCACCAGUAUUGCGAACGAAACUGAAUUUUGCCGACAAGCAUUGGCAUUGGCUUGCCAACCAAACAGAAGCUCCUUAAGGACCCUGAUAAAAGGCCAGGAUCCCGCAAUUGUCGCACUCUAUCGUGGGUUUUCGCGUUUCAUGUUAGAGGAUCUUGCAUUGCAUCCUCGCUCACAGUCAACUUCACGAUCACAGAGGAAGAAAGUCGCUGAGAAGAUAUCAUUUGAAAUGUUGCUACGCAACCAAGCUUACUCCAACCUUGUGGAAUUGUUUUUCCCCGUGCACGUGCGACUUUCGAUCCACGCCCAUGUUAACUCUGGCCCCAAAUUUGGCAUCUCGUUAUUUGAUCGAUCGAAAACUCGCGUGAUUGACAAUUUAAACGACCUGUCGAGCAUUGCGAAGCCGUCCCAUGACCUCCUGCAUAUUCCAACCCCGUGGCACAACUGCGUUUUCCAAGUAUCGGGAAGUGACUUCACAUAUAUCACCAAAUCUAAGGUAAUCCAUGAUGCUCGAAUGUCAGGCCUUAUUCGAGGACACUGGGUCAGGCAAGACCGAGACAGCGCUUCGGGUGGGUAUUUCCAUGUCGAUGCUCCCGAACGGACUGAGACAAGUCAGAUCACCGCUGUGAGCACUUCAAAGUCUCCAAUCGUUUCAUCUGUUCCUGCAAGGGCUAUUCCCGCGACGGAAGAUAUGGCGAUCAAUACUAAGAGGACAAAACUCGGAGUUCCCAUUCUCAUGGCCCCCACUCCCAUGCUCCAGGAGGAAUGGGUGUGGCAUCCUGAGCUACGUGUUGAGAUCUAUUGA